CACUAUUUAUUUGUACAAAACAAUUUGACAAUUUUUUUUUGUUGUAUAAAACAUGGCCCCGGACGAUAGCCACUAAGAUGAUGACGAUUUGGACAAAUCCUAACUAGGAGGCACUAAGUACACAGUUCCAAUGACGUCGUCUAUGUUGUUUACAAAACUUAUUACGACUACUCGGCAUUAUUUAGUUAGACAAGAGACGAAAUAUACAUGAGAAUAUUGUAUUUUAUUUCAAAAAAUUUCACGUGCGAAACAAUUACACAAAUGUUGAACAAUAUAUAGUUUUAAUCUAACCAGACCUCCGCGACUAAACAUCAAAGCAAUAUCAAAAUUUUCAAUAAGCAAAAGUAAAAAUGUCAAAGCAACAUUUAGACCCGCCGCAGCGGGGAGAAGCCUAUGCAGCGGCAGAGGAGCGAUUAUUGGACAUUUUGUCUCCGCUGGCUGAACAUCCCGGCCCAUAUGAGAAUGUGAACCAGGCAUACGAACAGGAGGAGGAGCAGCAUCAGUCAGUUGUAGACCAUGAACACGAUGUUGAGGAAUCUGUUGAUCCUGCUGUGGACAAUAUGAUGCACAUCAUCACAAAUGAUUCGGAUAUACAUAGUUUGAUUUCUAGUAGUGAUAGUGGUGGGUUUAAGGGCUGGGAGGAUUCGGCUGAUUAUGACGAUCUUGUCGGUGACGGACAGGGACAUUUGAUUUAUGGCGUGUGCAGGAAUGUUUUAGUCAAUGAUCAUGACGAUCAAGUCAAUAUUCCGGAUACUGCUGGUGAUCAGUAUGUGGAAUAUAUGGAUUCCACACCAUCGAAGCGUGUUCAUCAUCUUAGCAAUGAGAUUAUAGAAAUCGAUGAUUCACCUGAAACAGCCAGAGAGUCGGCAAUGGCGUUAUUCCAAGCGGUUGCAAAUUCACAAGGAAUGCUUACCAAUGGUCAGGAUCAUCACCUAGUCGAGGAAAUUGAGAUGGUGUCUCAUUCGCAAGAGAAUGGAGAUCAUCAUUUAGCUGAUGGUACCGAGUGUGUUAUCUAUGAUGAAAAUAUGGUUGUCCUAACCACUGAGGAACAUUGUUGCGAGAUCAUAGUAACCACUCAUGGUGUUGCUAAUGAGCAGGAAAUGGCUAGAGCAUUCCUAAUGUCCAGCAAUGGAAUUGCACCUGGAUCUGGACCAGCUUCUGCAAUGUUAAAUGGCAGGGUAUACAUAACUGAGGAAGAGACGCAUGUGGAAAUGCAAACUGAUGGCAAUGAUAUAUAUCUGAGUGAUGCUGCCUUGGGACGGUCAAUAAUGUUACAGCAUCAGCAUCAGAGUAAUGAGUUGGUUAUCACCGAAGAGGAUGUUGAGGAUCCAACAUUUGUAGAUGAUCAACCUUUGGAGGAGGAACGACCGGAUAUCUGUCAGGUCUAUGAUCAUGAACUCGAAGAUCAUGAUGACGAAGAAAUGGCAGAAGAGCAAAUCCAUGAGGGUCAACAUCAUCAAGAAGUAGGCCAAUUUUCGAUGGAAUGGCAAAUGCAUCAACAGCAAGAGCAGGAGCAGGACCAACAGCAGUAUGAACAGGAACAGCUGCAUGAGCAUGAACAGCAGCCUAUUCUAAUAGCCAGCGAUGUCGAAGAAGAGGCGGAGGAGCAACAGCUGCCACAUAUGCAACGGCAGCCACUGCAGGAAUCGGAACGAAGCAGCCCCACCGAAUUUCCAGUGAGUUCUUCUUCCCCACCCAAUGGCAGUGAUCGUGAUGAUGAUCUAGAUGACGACAUAGCCGGUCAUCCAUCGGCAGCUCCACGCAAAUAUCCGCCUCUACUAAAGAAUACCCUUUUUGCUGAGGCUAUGGACCGACGGUUAGCUUACAUUUGUCAGACGCAGCCCCAGAUGAGUCUUACGGAAAAGGUCUUUGCAUGGGACACAGCCGUUGCCCACGAUUGUGAAGGUGUUGAGGACGUGGAGAAUUUCCAGGCAGCCUUUGAACAACUCGAGCCACACAAGGAACACGAUUUCUUGUCAUUUCGUGAAAGUUUGGAAAAGAAUUUAGCAAAAAUUAGCCGGGGUAUAAUGCAAGUAAAUGAAGAAGUAGCUAUACCCACACCUUCUAAAAGAGUUCAGGAGAGGUUAAAACCACAGAGACGUCUUCUGCAUCAUCCCAUACCUGCGGAGGACACAAUCAUUCUAGAUGAUGACGAUGAAGAUUGUUAUGAGGUGACGGGCGGCGGCAAAGACAAAUCAUCGAUAACCACUCUGAUACCAGAAGAAGAGCUCGAAUGUGAAGAUCCCGAUACUCCAUCCCAAUACAAUGCGAUGGAGCCUGAAGUGAAAACCACCCAAACCCAAACGGCAGUUAAUCUGGUUACCAAAGAGACCUCAACAACUGACUUGAUCAAUUGCCAGGAAGACCAAAUGCCACCUCCUGCCGAAGCGGGUGAAAUUCCUGAGGAUCAGGCGCUGACGACAUUUCAAACGGGUCAUCAAUUUUGUGAAAUGGUUCGAGAUGUAUUCCGAGGGGUGCGUCAUCAGCAGUAUAUUGAGCAACAGAAGCAGUUCCAGCAGCAACAACAACAGCUGCAGCAUCAACAACAACAGCUGCAUCAACAACAACAGCUGCAGCAUCAACAACAACAGCAAAUGCAGCUUUAUCAGGAGCAUCAUCAGCAGGAAUUCGAGCAACAACAAAAGCUUCAACAUUACCAGGAGCUACAGGAGCAUCACCACCAUCAGCAGCAGCAACAGCAGCAUUUAUAUCAAAUCCCGAGGCAUCAGCAAUAUCAGCCGCAAUAUGUGUCUGAGAUGCCAGAGAAUCCGGCAAUGGUGACAACAAAUCAGUCAAGUGCUUCCUAUGGUGAUUAUCCCAACGAUGCCAUGUUCUAUGAGCAGCAGGAGUUUUGCAACUAUCUUGGCCUUACCGAACUGGCCACAGCCAAUGCGGUGGCCUCAGCCAUGCGUGAGUUGGCCAAUAGCACAGUUGCUCGUCGUUCCCUGAGAGUAAGGCCCCAACAUCAAUUGGAUAGAAUGCGCAACGAUGUCAGGGGCAAGCAUCGACGUGAGAGACAGGAGAAGGACAAAGAUAAGGACAAGAAACUGAAUACGAAUCAUCAUCAUCCAAUGACAACCAUUAGCGAGCUGAGCAACGACAGAAUUGAUAAUUCUGCUGUAGCAACCGCCUCGGAGGUAACGUUAACUGUGCCGAAUGAAAAUUCCGAUGAGGCAGACAAAGAAGAAGAGGAAGAAGAGCCCACAGAGCUACAACAGACGACACAAUCAUCGACUGAUAUGUAUGAUUACUAUUAUCAAGCCCAAGGCGACAGAUCCGAAGGUGGAGCUGUUAAACCCAUUGAGGAAACGGCUCCAUCGCCCAAUAAUAGUAUUCCCCAAACGAUGGAAUCAGCUUUUGCGAAGGUUUAUGCUGCUGCACCGCCAACGCAAUUACUUGAGGAUAUGCAACGACGUUUACGUGAAGCACGCGAGGCUCAGCCGUCGAUCUACAUAGUCCAGGCGAUGAAUAAUAAUGCCACAGGCAAAGAAAUAAAAUCAGCCAACUCAAUUGAAACAGUGACCUUUGGGGAAAUAAAUGGACCGCGUCCUUCACUGGAGAGCACUAAACCAGCGUCGUUGCCGCCGCCACAACAGACGCCGCAGCCAACAAAGAAGAAACCCGGGCCGGCUCCUCGUUCCAAGCGCACAAAGAGUCAAUAUCAUCAUCAUGUAGAGGCUAAGGUGCAAUCGAAUGCUCCAAUACGAAGACGUAGGACAACAGUUGGUGGUGGAGCCGCGCAUAAUGUACGCGAUUUGGUUACACGUUCCACAACCCAUAUGAAUUCCAAAUUGUUGCGCAAUCGCAAGGUAAAUCUACUCAAGACAUAUGCCCUCACAGAUGCCACAGGGCCGAAUGGCAAAAAGAAGCGUCUAAGCGGCGGUGGUGGUGCUUCAACCGGAAUGAAACAGAAUAAAACACCAAAGGCCGCCACCAAGACGACGACGACAACGACGACGUCACCUUCAAAGAACCCCUCUGUAGAUCCUCAAGAGAAGAGUACUCUGCCGGAACAGCAUCGUUUGCAGCAGCAACAACAACAAUCACCAGUCGUUGUCCCGCCGAAUUCACCAAAAAAAUCGAAAAAUAAAACUAUGGUAAUCGCAGAAGGAUCAAAGGUCACAACAGCAGAUCGUUUAUCAGUUACCCCGACCAAGGAUAAGCAUAUUAAGUCCCACAAGUUGAAUGCGAGACGUGGGCGAGCGAAAUCUUUGCCCACACCACUGAGCAACAAGGAAGUCGAUGAGCCAGUGCACCAGGAGCAGCCACAACAAGCACAGAAGGAAGUUCAACCAAUGCCCGAUAAACAAAAAUCGCCAAUUGUAAUGGAUACACAUGAAUUUUUAACACAUGCUGUAGUGCAUCCACCAGUCUGGAAUGAUGUGACACGUCGUUAUGCUCAUCACAUACGCCAAGCUAAUAAGAGGGCAGAACCUGAGGCGGAGGAGACUAGCGGCUCAGUCUAUGCACGACUAGAGAAACAUCCUUCCAUAUAUGAGCAUCCAUCCCAACUCAAUCGCCGGUCCCCCCAUCCAACUGAAGAGCCGCAUUUCUCGCGGCGUCGUCGCCAGAAAGCAGGCACAAGUCAUCACCAACAAUCUGACAGUGGGUUGUAUCCGUUUGAUAUCAAAUUAACACCACCUGGUGGUCUGCUUCGUCUCAGUGAGGCGUCGUCACUGCUGCGGAACCCGCUGGCGGGUAAAAAUGGCAAAGUCUUGUAUAUGUACUAUGAACUAGAUCAGUUGAUAGUGCUACAGGAACGUUCCAUUACCUUCUGGAAGUACUCCCAACUCUUUAAUGUCCUAAACACGCCAGCUACUACGCCAACAAUUGAUGGACCAAGAGCAAAAUCCCCGCAAGGCGAGCCAAAGAAUUGCGAUUCAGAUCAUUCGAGCAUAGCAAGUGAAAGUCAAUCCACUGGGCCACACUGGGUGAACUUGGGGCGUCUCCGGCGAACAACCAAUGACAUAGAGAUUGUUGCUCCGUUUGGCAAUCGAUUGUGCGUGCACAAUUCAACGCCCGUUUAUAUAGAAAUGCGUUGCCAUCCCUUGGAUCAUCAUAGACGCGAGGGGAAGCUAAUGUCGCUAUAUGUAAAUGUUUACUAUUAUUGUGAGGAGGAAUUGCGACCCAAGAUGCAUUCCGUACAUCUCGAUGCUGUCAAUUGUGAAUGGAGCAAUGUGAUCUACACCAGCAUUGCAGAGUCACGUUACUUUGUGAUGGCUCAUCAAGCGGAAAUGAUGAUGGGUAAAUCAAAAUCGGGAAUCUGCAAAUAUUCGCUCACUCCCACCCUCGAUACCCUUGCUUCGAUACGUGAAUUUAAACAAUUGCGCCACGAACUUAAGCACAUUGAGUGCCUGACCGAGGAUCGUUUAAUUGGCUAUGGUGUCUCACGCAUAACCAUUUGGGAUCAUCGCAGCGGCGAUACUUUAAUGAAUUACGACUUGAAUAUCCCCCUGGGUCGUAAUCUUGGAGCAAUGCAUUUCCCUAGCUUUGAAAUAGAUCAAAGCAGCAUAUUGAUUCUCUAUCAGUACAUCCAAGUGCCCACGAAACCAUCUCAAUUGCAUGUGAUUGCCUGUGAGAUAUCUCAUGCCACACCAUCGCAUCGGCUGCUGCACGUACAUAGUCUGCCAUCGCCACAGUUCGAUCACAUUGUAGUGUCUGUCAAUACGGGUGAUCACUUGAUAUUGAAAUCAAUAACAGACGACGAGAUAUGGCUAAGUGCCGCCGAUCCCAGACAGCUGACAUAUGUCGCUCCCCAAGGACAGGGAAUCCAGCGAUUCUAUGCUCGACAGAAGUCUCAGGUUGUUGAGUUAUCACCGCACAGCCUAACUGUGGACAGUAUUGCGAAUCAUUUUAUGAAAUUGGCAACCCAACAGCAGCGUAUGGCCAUGAUAAUGCAAUCAGUCAAUUCGUUACCAGUAAGUCCGUCACCAGUGUAAAUGCCAAUGCCAGUUCCAAUCCCAAUCCAAAUAUGCAACAAAUGUGCACACGAAAUUCUUGUUGUUGUUCUCAGUCUGCAAAUUUUUGUAUUCAAUCACCAAAAUUCCUUGUACAACACCCUUGGCGCCUUAAACACUGUAAUCCAUUGUCUGUUUAAUCAAUCUUAACCUUAUGUAUAGUGUUUAGCCUCCUUAUAUAUACAUACAUACAUAUAUGAAAUGAAAAAUGUAAUUUCAGCGCCACAGAAAAAAAAAAAAACUCAUCAUUAGUCAUAAUUUAUUAAAAAUUGUCUUUAGGCUAUAUAUCCUCAAUA